CGCGGAGCCGCCGGGGCUGCCGGGGCCGCCGGGGCCGCGGAGCCGCCGGCCGGGGCUGAGGCGCCGCUGCCGCUCCGGCCCCGCUCCGCUGCGGCCCCAUGAGGCGGCGGAGCGGCCAUGGGCUCGCUGGGCAGCCGCGUGCUGCGGCGCAAGGCCGGGCUCCCGCGGGGCGAGGCGGCGGCCGCGGGCAAGGGCGGCAAGAGGAAGCGCGGCGGGGCCGAGGGAGCCGGCGACAGCGACAGCGACGGCGAGGCCGAGCGGGAGGAGCGGCUCCUGCACCUCCGGGGCCGCAGGAAAAAAUUGAAAAGCACAUCGAAGUAUAUUUAUCAGACGCUGUUUUUGAAUGGGGAGAACAGUGAUAUCAAAAUUUGUGCUCUGGGAGAGGAGUGGAACUUGCACAAGAUUUAUUUGUGUCAGUCAGGCUACUUCUCCAGUAUGUUCAGUGGCUCUUGGAAAGAAUCCAGCAUGAAUGUCAUAGAGCUGGAGAUUCCUGAUCAAAACAUUGAUGUAGAAGCCCUGCAGGUGGCCUUUGGCUCGCUCUACAGAGACGAUGUGCUGAUCAACCCCAGCCGCGUGGUGGCCCUGCUGGCAGCAGCCUGCAUGCUGCAGCUGGAUGGCUUAAUCCAGCAAUGUGGUGAAACAAUGAAGGAAACCAUCACUGCCCAAACUGUGUGUGGUUAUUAUAAUUCUGCAGGGACAUAUGGGCUGGACUCCGUGAAGAAAAAGUGCCUUGAGUGGCUCUUGAACAAUCUGAUGACUCACCAGAGUGUUGGACUCUUCAAGGAACUCAGCAUAAACCUCAUGAAGCAGCUGAUCAGCUCCUCCAACCUGUUUGUGCUGCAGGUGGAGAUGGAUGUGUACACUGCUCUCAAAAAGUGGAUGUUCCUUCAGCUCGUGCCUUCUUGGAAUGGGUCUUUCAAGCAGGUGUUGAGUGAAGCUGAUGCCUGGUUUGCUGAGCGCAGGAGAGAGUUUGGGGGCGACGUUGCCUUCCUGGAGUCGGCGCAGGGCAGCGCCUUUGCGCCCGUGUUCGCACACCUGAGGCUGCAGUACAUCAUCAGUGACCUGGCCUCGGCCAGGAUCGUGGAGAGGGACGCCCUGCUGCCCUCAGAAUGGCUGUCCUCUGUUUACAAACAGCAGUGGUUUGCCAUGCUCAGAGCAGAACAGGACAAUGAUAUUGGGCCUCAAGAAAUCAAUAAGGAGGAACUGGAAGGAAACAGCAUGAGGUGUGGUCGCAAGCUGGCCAAGGAUGGUGAUUACUGCUGGCGCUGGACCGGCUUCAACUUCGGCCUGGACCUGCUGGUGACCUACACCAACCGCUACAUCAUCUUCAAGCGCAACACGCUGAACCAGCCGUGCAGCGGCUCCGUCAGCCUGCAGCCCCGCCGCAGCAUCGCCUUCAGGUUGCGCCUGGCCUCGUUCGACUGCAGCGGGAAGAUGAUUUGCAGCAGGACCACGGGUUAUCAGAUCCUCACCCUGGAGAAGGACCAGGAGCAGAUUGUGAUGAAUUUGGACAGCAGACUCCUGACCUUCCCCCUCUACAUCUGCUGCAACUUCCUGUACACAUCCCCCGAGAAGAGGGCAGACAGCGAGGCCCAGCUGGAUCACCUGGAAGCCUGAGAGCUCCCUGGGGCUGGGGCAGCCCCUCUCCACCCUGGCUGCUGCUCCAAGCUGGGACAGCCCUUCCAGUGUGGCAGCAGCCCUGCCUUAGUGCUCUCCUAUGCAGCUCAGACAUUGGCUAGGCCAAAACCAGUCAUCCUUUUUAAUUUUUUUUUAAUUUUAUUUCAGUUCUGCGCCGUCAGGCUGUAGCCAUUCCGUGUUGGAGAAGUGUUGUUACACUUGGGCUUUUCUGGGUGAAAACUGAGCCAGAUUGGAAAUAGGGAAUUUGUGUGGAUCACAGCCCAGGAAAUGACCUGUUGGACUCUGAGCACACAUUGUAGGUAGUGUGGGUUUUGUUAGUGUGGGUUUGGGUUGUAUUAUUUGUUGGGUUUUUAAAUAACUGAUCUGUAAAUACCAGAUCCAUAUUUUGCUUUUUUUCCUGGUCCUUUUCUCUUAGGGCCAAAUAAUCUCUGUAAAUGUGGCAUCUCAGCUUUGGUUAUUCAACUGCACAGCCUUUCCCACCUGCUGGCUUUAAGCCUUUUUUUGCAGCUCACACACACACAUUUCAUUCUUGGUCUUGUUCUAACCCUGCAGCCAAUAAUUCUCUGUCAUUUUGCAGGUUAAUUUACUAAUAGGGAUGUUCAUAAAUGAUUUUUUUUCCAUGUACAGCAAGUACUCCAGUGUCCUUGCCAUUACUUGAGUCCUGGCAGCAGCAGCUCUCAGCUGGAGUUCUGCUGGGUGCUGACUCUACUCACACAAACCAAACACCAGUUUUUAAACAUUUUCUGUGGCUUGUUUCAGCUGUUACCUUGGGAAUACACCCCGUGUUAGCUCAGGAACUUGUGACUUUCGGGUGCCUUUUGAGUGGUAUGUGUAACACCAACUUCACAUCAGUUCAGCAAGGUCACAGGAUCCAAAGGCAGAGCUGGGAACAGGAGAUUCCUCCCCACUUGGUGUGAUGGAUGAGUCGUGUCAUGGUACACUCUGUUCAGUCUUUGUUGGGUUUUGUGUUUGUCUCUUACAGUUUUCAAUUCUUACAGCAGGAGUUUUUGAUUCAAACUGGGAAUUUUUGCCUCGUUAGCCUAUUUUUUUAAUGUCAGAAAAAUAUAAAACCGUUUGUACUUUAUUACAAGGGUAAAAAAAUGCUGAGCAAGAUAGAAAAACAUGGCCACGUGUCAGUAAAUGAUUUCGAGUGGAAUGUUUGCCUGUGUGUGUUCUUUCCUGCUGGGAGUAGCUUUUUGUGCUGGAUUCACCCUGUGGAUUCAGCACCUCACUGGGAUCUUGCCUUGUGCCACAGCUUUGGCAGCAGAGACACAUUUUCAGCUGUUCAGCUGCUACAGCAUCGAAUUUAUUUAUAGAAUUAACUGUCUCUAGAUACUUAACUCUGGUUUUAAUUAGCAGUGCCAACUCCUUAAGAUGGAUUCCAUGGAAAGCAACAGGGGCAGCUGGUUCAUGGCAGAGGGAAGCGCCUCAGAGUCUGAGCUGGGCAGGGCUUUGCACCCCUGAUCCUGCUCUGCCCUCUGGACCCCAGGGCUCCCCCCGAGCUGGGACCCACCCAGUGUCACCAGGCUGUGGGAUGUGGAGCAGGAAACUCAUCUUGGUAUUGAUUUUCCAGGCUACAACCCCUUCCCUUGAUCCCUGGGUGUCCUGUGCCCUCCCGGCUGUGGGGCACUGCCAGUGCCAGGGGACAGCCCCUUCCCAGGGGCCAGCACCAGGGAUUUGGGGUGGGCUGGGAGUGCUGAGGGGCAGAGGGGAGCUCGGGGGCCCAGACACACGACACUGAGCCCAGCAGUGGGUGGUGGUUGUUUUUCUCUGGUUUAUUGUCACUGGCGAGGAGCAGCAGUGGUGGCCGAGGGGAGCUGAGCAGUACAACACCACACUCAGGAGCACGGUAUGAAAAGUACAAAAAUAAGGAGGCCUAUAUAUAAUAUCAUUGCAGUCAAUUGCUAAAAAUAAAUAUUGUAAACACGAGAGAACAACAUCGGGUGAAUCUACAGCACUCGUUUCUGCCAGCAGCCACACAGUCUUUGGCUUUAGGACUCCCCUGCCCCACAUCGAGAUGCAUUUUCUUUGCUUCAGGCCAGACGGAUUUCAGACUGGUCAGGGAUGUCACAAGGGAAAGAAUUUUCCUCUCCAAAUCACCUUGAGAACAGGAAUCGCCUCUUUUUGCCUUCAGUGCCCCUUUUUGUGCCAGGGCAAGUGCCUGAUCUGCCCAAAGCAGCGUUUUCCCUGCCUGGAGGGGUCUGGGGCGAGGGCUCCCACCUUGCAGGUGCUGCUGUUGUUCAUUUGCACCUCGCAGCCCCUGCACGGUGCAUUUGGCACUGGUUUGCACCUCUCCCCUCCCAUGCACUUGGACCUUUCGCCCCCUUAUCUCUCUGACAGCCAGAUGGGUUUGGAUUGCCUGAUAAGGGAGGAGAGCAGGCAGCGAGUUAUCUCGGGUCAAGCUGUACCCGAGCUGCUGCCAGGCCAGAGAUCUGUGCCCCGCUGAUACCCUCGGGCCACUGAGCACGAGCUGCUCCCUCCAGCCUCGCCCUGCAGGAAGGGAAGAGGCAGAUUCUGCUUGCAAGUCUCAGUAAUUCGCUGAUUGUGUUUAUGUAGAUCUACAUCUGUUUUAAAAGCCCAAUAAAAUCCUGUCCAAAGUACCAAGGAGGAGAGAUUUGCCAGGGAGGGAAGGGCAGAGACUCUGCUCCCUGCUGCCUGCGUGGCCAGAGAACAUUCCAGCACCCCGGGAAAGCGAAGAAAAUGCAUCCAGAUGGGAACAACCGAGCAAAACAAAACCAUCCUCAACCCACAAAGCAGCACUUCUUGCUGCGGGGAAGACAAAUCAGGCUGAGCAGUCUGUCUGUCUGUCCCCACAGAUAAUCACUGGAUCUUCCCUUCAUAUCAGUAAUUAGGAUUUAAUCUUCCCUUCUUCAUUUUAAACACAUUCACAGAACAUCCCAUGGCGACGUUUUGGCGUGAGGUUCUGCUCCCAGCCGGGCUGGACGCCCAGCAGCUGCAGGGCUGGUGGCCCUGGGGAGCCCGGGGGGCACAAACCCCUCCAGGGGCUCCCCAAAUCCCAGGGAGGGUGGGCUGCACUCACAGCUCUCCUGCAACGCUUUGAACUGGGAGCAUUCCAGACCCUGCUUGAUUCCGAGUCUAAGCAAAAGCUUUCCAGCACUGGGGGAGCCUUGGAGACCCGGGGGGGCAUCCCUCUGACCAAACCCAGCCAAAAAUCCACCACCACCACCCACAAGGGUGAUCCUCUGACCCCUGCGGAGCUGCAGCCCCUCCUGCACCCCCGGCAGGUGAGGGGACUCCGGUGACCCUGCUCCAGGCACCUCAGCUCCCCAGCUCCCUCUCACCCUGUCGGUGCAAAAUCCCCACCCUUCCCAAUCUGCCCCCAAAACUGCUCUUGUAGAAAGUUUCACUGACUAACAGAUGAAAACACUACGGAUUGCAGAAGGGGCACAGCUGGCUAAGAGUAAAAACAGCCACUAAUGCAACUCUGCGCAGUGCAGCAGCUGAAAAGAUUCCUGUUUUGAUUUUUCAGUAGGCAAAAUGCUGGUUUUUCUGAGGAAAAAAAAAAUCACACAAAACUGCUUGGUACCAGAUUAGAGGAUUUCUGCAUCAUCCUUCAAAGAUUUAUUUGACAGCUUCUAAAACUUCCACUAAACUUGGUUUCUUACAUCAUUUCUAUACACAGGUUUUAUUUGUUAUAAUUGUCUUGAGGCUUAUAAAAAAAUAAGCAUUUAAAAUGCCCAAAAGAGUAAUUUUCCUUUAAAAUUGUGCUACUGAACUUGACCCCCAACACAGAAGAGAGACUUUUGGUAAUGAGGUUACCCCAAGCAGUAUAAAAAUAUACAUAAAAAUAGACAAAAACUCUAUCCUCCAAUCUGAAGGGCUGUUUGUGGGGUUUAUUAGUUAUAUUUCUUUUUGUACAUCACUGAAAUUUCAUUAACCUCUGCUAAAUAUUUACAGAAAACCCCCCCACCCUCUGUCUGCCUCCUCUCACUGAGGCUGAGACCUGCAGCUUUUCGUUCAUCCAGAGUUUUCUGUUGGCAAAAACGGAUCCCUGCGCCGGGCCCUGGCACUCGGGUGAUGCUGCGGGCACAGGGGUCCCUGGGGACCUGCAGGGCAGGGGACAAAACAAAGCCUGGCCUAAGGUUAAACCCAGCCUGAAGCCGGCAGCAUCACCGCAGGGUGCUCCUGCACGCCCUGGCUUUCUGCUUUCCCUUUUGUCCUGGUGAUAAAGUCAGAAUGCCCAAACCUCUCGUACAACAGUCCUCAGGUAUUUGGGUCUCUUUCUCCAGUCUACCCCAAGAAAAUUUUAAAUUAAAAAAAAAAAUUACACAACAGAAGAAAAAAAAAAAAAAAGAAAAUAAUUACUCUGAUCUCUGACAACAUGAAAAGGUGACAUUAAAACAUGAAAACUAAGUGAUACAACCCCCCCGAGACUAUGU